AUGUUCUGCUCAAGUACAGAAGAAGAUCUGUGGUGUUAUUUUCGUGUACAGAAUUCCGAUGGCAGUCAGUCAUGGUGCUUAGACGAAGAUUGUUACAAAUAUUUAGAUGUCGUUUCCAUUGAUGAUAAUCAUUGUGAAACAAACUUUUUAUCCCUUCGAUUCUCAUCUUAUUCAACAUACUUCACAUUUCUUCGUUCCACUUCCACAAAAAAGUCACUCUCAUCAUAUUUUUCUCGAAAGCAAACUAAUGCAGAACGUCUUCUUCAAAUUGAAUUUCUAUCUUCAUUAAAAGACGAUCAAAUAUUCCACCUUAACGAACUCAAACUUUUGAGUAAUUCCACGCCGUCAAAUAUCGAUACGUAUGAAUUAGUUUUUCCAGGCAAUCUUAUUGAAAAUGACUCACCAAUGAUUUUCGACGAACAAAUUUUUCUCAGUGAACAACAACAAUACAUCGAUACAAUACGACUGAUAUUCAAUUGUUCGGCGAAUGAAAGAGUCGAAUGGGAAUUAGUGAAAAGUAUACAAUCGGUGUCAUAUUCACCAUGUCCACAGCAAAUCCGAUUAAAACAAGAAAAUAAUCACGACCAAAUCUAUGUUAUUAUUCUCACGAGUUGUAUCGCAUUUUUCUCUGUUAUCAUCAUUGGUAUAAUCGGUUUGAUUUUAUUUCAUACUUUCUAUGUAAAAAAUAACCAACGACUGAUCUCUGUGAGUUCAAUUUCACUAAUCGAACGGUUCUAA